AUGGAACAGCAAAGCAAGGCCUAUGGAGUUCAUGUUUUGGCACUUCCUUAUCCAAGCCAAGGCCAUGUAAAUCCCAUGUGCCAAUUCUGCAAGAGAUUAGUCUCCAAAGGAACAAAGGCCACUUUAGCCAUCACCAACUAUAUUUCCAAAUCUAACAGCCCGAAAUCCGACACGGUAGCCAUCGACACGUUUUCCGAUGGUUACGACGAAGGUGGUUUCGCGCAAGCCGGUGAUGUCGACAAAUAUCUGGAGCGUUUGGAGAAAGCAGGCUCCAAAACAGUGGCAGAACUCAUUGAGAAGUACCAAAAGUCAAACCAUCCUAUUGAUUGUAUUGUUUAUGAUUCAUUUUUGCCUUGGGCUUUGGAUGUGGCCAAAGAGUUUGGCAUUCUUGGAGCCUGUUUCUUCACACAGGCUAGUGCUGUUAAUUAUGUGUACUAUUAUGUGCAUCAUGGGUUGUUGACGCUGCCUGUUUCGACUCUGCCAGUCGAGAUUCCUGGACUUCCGCCCCUUCGUCUGCCUGAUAUGCCGUCGUUUAUUUAUGUAUAUGGAUCUUAUCCAAGUUACUUCCAAAUGGUGUUGAACCAAUUUUUAAAUGUCGACAAGGCUGAUCUUUUGCUUGUUAAUUCGUAUUACAAGUUAGAGGAAAAAGUGAAUGAUGCAAUGGAAGAAGUGUGUCCGAUGUUAACAAUAGGACCAACAGUUCCAUCUUUCUAUCUGGAUAAUCGAGUCGAAAAUGACGACAAUUAUGAACUCAACCUCUUCGAAUUAGAUGUUUCAUCAAACUGCAUUAAUUGGCUUGACUCUAAGCCGGCAGGAUCCGUCGUUUACAUAGCAUUUGGUAGCAUGGCCUCUCUCUCAGAAAAGCAAAUGGAGGAAAUUGCAAUGGGCUUAAAAAACAGCAAUUUCAACUUCUUAUGGGUAGCUAAGGCUUCUGACCAAGAAAAACUCCCUAAAAAUUUUGUCAAAGACGAUAAGGGUUUGUUUGUUACUUGGAGUCCACAGCUAAAAGUAUUGUCAAACAAAGCCUUGGGGUGUUUUUUUUCGCACGGGGGAUGGAAUUCGACGAUUGAAGCAUUGAGCAUGGCGGUGCCAAUGGUGGUUAUGCCACAAUGGACUGAUCAAACGACGAAUGCUAAGCUUGUGGAGGAUGUUUGGAAUGUGGGAUUAAGGGUGAAAGUUGAUGAAAAUGGAAUAGUUGGGAGAGAAGAAAUUGAGGGUUGUUUAAGGGAAGUAAUGGAGGGUGAAAAGGGAAAGGAAAUGAAGAAAUCCGCUAGUAAAUGGAAGGAUUUGGCUAAGGAGGCAGUGUCUGAGGGUGGUACUUCUGAUACAAAUAUUAAUGAUUUCAUAUCUAAGUUGAAUAAAAAGACACAAGGAUGA